AUGUCAAUCGACAAUUUCAAAACCAACAUUUAUGAAUACCUCGAAACGCUACCAGCCUUCACGUUCCUGAGAUUGUUCCAAAAGCCUGCGACAUGUUUGGCCAUCUUUCGAUUGCUUCCGAGCAUGGGACGACAGAUUGUAAUGUCUUUUCUCUAUGUGGAGACUGAUAUCAUGGUUGAGGAUGUGAAUAACUGGGUCAAUAAAGAUGGACAAAGAAAGCUAUCUGAAGCUCUACACAAGCUGUCUCGAUUACGGAUAUUGGAACGCAAAGAGAAUACACUCGUAAUGAAUGAUACGUUUCGACAAGAAUUCAAAUGUGCACUCACUGGAGGAGGCACGCAACAAUCAUUUGGUCUUCCUUGUUCGACACCUGAUAAGCAUCCUGUGGAUAUUGGGUUCUUGGAUCAAUACGCAGCACAACAAUGGGAAUCGAUUCUACAUUACAUGGUCGGCACUGAGCUCACAAAAAAACCAAGCCGUGGUGUACUGAAUCUAUUAGAACGAAGUCAAUUGAUGCAACCAAGUGCUAUGGAUCCGACCCUAUUACAAAUCACCAACAAGGGCUUUCAAUUUCUCUUGCAAGAUGUGAAUACCCAAGUGUGGGCCUUUUUAUUACAGUACUUGAACAUGGCAGAGGUGUUGCAAAUGGAUCUUGUUGAAGUCUUGAAUUUUCUCUUUCAGUUGGGAUCCCUUGAAUUGGGCGAGAACUAUUCUGUCGACACGCUUACACCCACCCAACAACAAAUGCUUGAAGAUUUGCGUGAUUAUGGGAUUGUAUACCAGCGAAAGCGAGGAUCACGUCGAUAUUAUCCAACGCGACUUGCAACAACUUUGACAUCUGGCAAUGCUGCUCUUGCUGUUGCGGCCAUGAAAAGAGGAGGCAAGGUUGAAGAUGAUGAUGAGAGUGAUCAAGGCUUUGUCAUUUUGGAAACCAAUUAUAGAGUCUAUGCAUACACAGAAUCUCCUUUACAAAUCGCUGUACUUAAUCUAUUUGUGCAACUCCAAUCACGGUUUCAAAACAUGGUUGCUGGUGUCAUUACGCGUGACAGUGUACGGAAUGCAUUGAUAAAAGGCAUCACAGCUGAUCAGAUCAUUUCCUAUUUGCAAACGCAUGCACAUCCACAGAUGCGAAAAAAGAAACCAAUUUUGCCUUUGACGGUUGUGGAUCAAGUACGGCUUUGGGAAAUGGAGAGAUCUCGACUCAAAGCGAUGCCAGCCUAUCUCUAUCACGAAUUCAACCACCCAGCCGAUUUCGAAGCCGCCGUCAAGCAUGCCCAGGAUCUUGAUGUGCUACUCUGGUCAAACCCAAAGAAACGAUCCAUGGUCAUCACGCAAUCGGGUCACGAUUCGGUCAAGGGCUUUGUUAAACGCAGGCUGCAAAGCAAAUCACAAUAA